AUGUUAUCUCCCAAAUCCCCCGUCUUCCCAUCCCCGUCCCCGUCUUCAUCCCAAUCCCCGUCUUUCAUCCCGUCCCCGUCUUCCUCAUCCGUCCCGUCUUCUCAUCCGUCUGUCUUCCUCUCCCAUCCCCGUCUUCUUCAUCCCCGUCCUGUCUUAAAUCCCGUCUUGUCCCUCAUCUUUAUCCGUCGUCUUCCCCGUCGUCUUUGUCCCGUCUGUCUUCCCAUCCCAUUCAUCUGCCCAUCUAUUCAUCGUGUUUCUCCCGUCCCCGUUUAUCCCAAAUCCCCGUCUUCUUUGUCUACGUCUUCUCGUCCCAAAUCCCGUCUUCCCCAGUCCCCCGUCUUCCAUCACGUCCCAAAUCUUUGUCAUCUAGUCGAUGUUCUAUCCCCAAUCCCGUCUUUGCAUUCCCGUCAUCUUCAUCUUCAUCCCAAUCUUUCCUCAUCCCCCGUCUCCAUAUUUGUCGUCUUCCUCAUCCAUCUUCCUCAUCCCGUCACGUCUUCAUCCCCGUCCCCCGUCUUCCCAUUUGUCCCAUCUUCUUCAUCCCGUCUUCUCAUCCCCAAGUCCGUCUUCCUCCCAUCUGUCAUCCCGUCUUCCAUCCCCAUCUUCUUCAUCUGUCCCGUCUUCCCUCAUCCCCGUCUGUCUUCCUCAUCCCCGUCACAUCUUCUCAUCACGUCCCCGUCUUCCUCAUCUGUCCCCGUCUUUGUCCCAAAUCCCCGUCUUCCAUCCCGUCUUCUUCAUCCCAAAUCCCCGUCUUCCUCGUCCCCAGUCCAUGUCUUCCAUCUCCCCGUCCCCGUCUUCCUCAUCCCCAUCCCCCGUCUUCUUCAUCCCCGUCACGUCUUCCUCGUCACGUCUUUCCUCAUCCCCAAUCACGUCUUCCUCCCAUCUGCGUCUUCAUCCCAUUCGUCUUCAUCCCAUUGUCCCAUUACGUCUUCCGUCGUCUUCUCCCAAAUACAUGUCUUGUCUUCCCAUCACAUCCCCGUCUUCCUCGUCCCCGUCUUCCCCAUCCCCAAUUACGUCUUCAUCCCAAAUCCCGUCUUCCAUCCCAUACGUCUUCCCGUCGUCUUCCAUCCCCAAAUGUUUAGUCUUUUCAUCCCCAAGUCGUCUUCGUCUGAUCUGAGUGUUUUCCGUCCCAAAUCACGUCUUCCAUCCCCGUCACGUCUUCCAUCCCCAAAUCCCCUAAAUCCCUUCUCAUCCCCGUCUGUCUUCCCAUCCCCGUCCCCCGUCUUCCCCAUCCCCGUCCCCGUCUUCCCAUCUGUCUUUUCAUCCCCGUCCCCGUCUUCCUCAUCUUCUCACAUCCCCGUCUUCUCAUCUUCCACAUCCCCGUCUUCUCAUCUGAUCCCCGUCUUCUCAUCCCCGUCCCCGUCUUCCCCGUCCCCCGUCUUCCCCAUCUAG